AUGAUUCUCGGUAUCCCAGUCUUACUAGCAUUGGCCAUCAAUCAAGCCAGAGCUUCUCCCUCAACAAACUUGGCAGUAUCCAGCCAGAUCUGCAAUAAAAUUCAAUAUGACUUCCCUGCAGGAACUAACAAAAAUGAUCCUCGAGCUGAAGCUGUAAAGAAAGCAUAUGUGCGCGAGUGGAAGCAGUAUGCGGAGUACGCGUUCCCAAACGAUGAUCUCCUUCCUGUCACCCAUAACUCUACAAACGACUUGUUCGGAUGGGGUGCGACAAUUGUUGAUGGUAUUGACACUGCUAUUGUGAUGGGUCUGACUGAUAUCGUGGAGCAGCAGCUGAAACAAAUUGCGGCUGUAGAUUUCACGUACGCUCCGAGGCAGACUCCAGGGAAAUCUUCCUCUGUAGUUGCCUUUUUUGAUGUGAAUAUUCGGUACAUUGGCGGGUACGUUGACCGAAUAACUACCUGCUUGCGAAUUCUCUGUUCUGAUGAUCUGUACAGCCUUCUUAGCGCCUACGACCUGAUCAACAGCGGCCAAUUCCCAAAUCCCUAUGAUAAGGAUCUGGUUGAAACCCUCUUGUCUCAAGCAAAGUCUUUGGCUACGGCAAUAACUCCCGUUUUUGACACAGUCACUGGCUUGCCGGGUGGAAAUCUCAACUUUACCACUCAAAAAAUAGUUCAAAGUACUACGACCGUCAAUGGAAAGACGUAUAAUAGUACGAAUACGGCACAGGCCGGGACGAUGAUACUGGAGUAUUAUCGCCUAUCUGACCUUACUGGUGACGAAUCAUUUCGUCAGCAGGCUCAAAAGGCCGAGGAAUAUCUUAUCAAUCCUAGUCCAUCCCCUGCGUUUCCAGGUCUUAUUGGAACUGAACUUGACACUGACACUGGCAACUUUAUCACAUUCGAUGGUGGCUGGGAAGCCGGAGUCGACAGCUUCAUUGAGCAGUAUUUGAUCAAAACAUACGUGUAUGACCGGGAUGAUAGCUUGUCAUCAGCUUUACGAGACUUCUGGGUUACAACCGCUGAAUCGAGUAUUGAACAUAUAGCGCUUCACCCAUACGGUAACCCAAAUCUAACCUUUCUCUCUCAACUUGAUUCUGAUGGCAACAUCAUGUGGUCAAUGGAUGACUAUGCAUGUUUUGCUGGUGGAAAUCUCCUUUUAGGGGGAAAGUACCUAGACCGACCUGAUAUCACCGAUUUAGGAAUCAAGGUAUCUGACAGCUGCCACUGGCUUUAUAACACAACCCUUACCGGUCUGGGGCCAUCAAUUGUCAACUCAGCAAUCGCCUGGUACAAUGCCAGCAAUGAAGCCUACGAGUCAGCCUACAAUACGAAUGCAACGUACCGAGCUGAAGCUGCCAAAUACGGCUAUUUCAUUGAGGAUCCCUCAUACACCUCUUACCCCGAACCACUGGAAAGCAUCUUCUACGCGUAUCGUGUCACGGGCGAUACUCGGUGGCAAGACUACAACUGGGAGAUCUUCCAAGCGCUGAACACCACCCGCUCAGCAUCAGUGCCAUACGCGGAAAUCACUGACGUGAAUGCGCCGUAUGGUGGGGAGCUGGUGAACUACGUUUCAAGCUUCUAUUUUGCGGAAGUGCUGAAGUAUCUUUAUCUUACUUUUACUGAGCCUGAUGUUGUGAGCUUGGAUACUUUUGUUUUUAAUACUGAGUGCCAUCCUGUGCUUAUCAAGAAGACUUGUUGA